AUGGCAAGCAAGAAUGCACUAAGAAAGCCUGAAGACCAUCCGUCGUUCUCGACGAUGGGUCAGAAAGUGGCUACUAUCACCGUUAGCCCAAAGAAGAAAGCAUACACCAUCCGUCUCGAUCUGCUGGUGCACUAUUCCGAAUACUUUCGCGCUGCUUUCACCGGAUCCUUCAAAGAAGCGGAAGAGAAGAAGAUACAUCUUUCAGACGUCGAAGAGUCAACUUUCGACUACUUUAUGGACUGGCUUUAUUAUACCAAGAUCACCACGAGUCAGGAACACAAAGAUCCCAAAGAUGACCCCCACCCAUACUAUAUCUUCGUCGAACUCUAUAUACUAGGCGACAAGUACCAAAUUCCGAACUUGCGCAAGUAUGUCAUCGAUCACAAUUUCCAGUAUUUUCUCAGAGUUGACGACGUCCUACCGGUGCCUCAUAUCAUCACUCAAGCAUAUGAGUCACUGCCAGAGACAUCGCCUCUGCGAAGGUUCUUCAGCGACCUAUACAGUAUAAGACUCAGUUCUUAUUUUCAGGCCAUUACCGUGGAAAUGAGAGAGAAGCCGUCCUGCCUACCCAAUGGAUUUCUCGUCGAGGCUCUUAUCAAGGCAUCGGAUAUCCGUGACGUUGCUAAGAAAGGCAAAUCACCGGCUUUGAAACUUUGCGACUAUCAUGAGCAUCCGGAUAAUGAGGACCGAAAGAAAUGCGAGGAGAAGCACGGAAUCACCAACAUCAAAGGAUAGCAAAUCGACGAAUGAACAACAUCACUUUUCAGGCACCAGGGAUUCAAAAACAAGUCUCUAGAUCUUACGGAGGUGUGGCUGGGCGACUUAAGCUAGCAUCAUACGCGAGAUCCCAGCUCAAUUCGGAUGCAUUCUCUUUGCCCUCGACCGCAAAAGUUUCCUCUCUUGGCCUUUUUACUUCUUUUCAUCUCUUUCACGGCAUACACGGCAAAACAAGCAGCAAUUCGUCGACAUUCGGGCGCCCAGCUGGUUUCUUCUAUUGAACAACAUCUCUCGGGCUCUUUGGGGAAAUAGGGAGGCUGCAUGGUAGGGAAGAGUUCUUCUGGGAUGUUUCUUUUGCUCCUUCAACAUCUUGCUUUUUUCAAUGCAGCAUAUGCUUUUCUUUUCAGUCCAAACUUUGGUAGGU